GCCCAAGCCUCUGCCCGGCCCGCUCCCCCCACAGCUCUCCUAUAAAAGGGCUGAGCUGCUCGGCUUCUCUCGCUGGGGGCGUGGAGAGCAGGGGGGACCAUGGACUUCAUCAGCAUCCAGCAGUUGGUGAGCGGAGAGAGAGUUGAAAGGAACGAAUUGCGACGUGGACACGGAGUGCCUGAUCCUGGAGGCGGGCCUCGCAACUGGAGGCUGGGGCCCCAGGAGGCCGAGGCCCGGGAGAGGCAGAAACUGGAUGAGGAGAAGAGGAGGAGACUUGAACGAUUUAACAGUUCCAGAACUGACUUGGAGAACCUGGCUGACCUGGAAAAGCUGGUUCAAAGACGGAGAGAAAAGCGACUGAAACGCAGAGCUCCCCCCAGGGCACCCGAGCCUGAGGUCACGCCGCAGCCCCAGGCCCAGCUGGAGCCCGUGGCCCUGGAGGCGUUCCUGAAGGCAGCUGCUGAGAACCAGGAGGCCCUGAUUGACAAGUACCUGACAGACGGAGGGGACCCCAAUGCCCACGACAAGCUCCACCGCACAGCCUUGCACUGGGCCUGUCUGAAGGGUCACAGCCAGCUUGUGAACAAGCUGUUAGAGGCGGGUGCUACCGUGGACGCGCGGGACUUGCUGGACAGGACCCCCGUGUUCUGGGCCUGCCGCAGAGGGCACCUGGACAUCCUCAAAGAGCUGCUUAACCGGGGCGCCCAGGUCAAUGCCCGGGACAAGAUCUGGAGCACGCCCCUGCACGUGGCCGUGCGCACGCGGCACUGCGACUGCCUGGAGCACCUCAUCGCCUGUGGGGCCUGCAUUGACGCGCAGGACAAGGAAGGGGACACGGCUCUCCACGAGGCAGUGCGGCACGGCCACUACAGAGCCAUGAAGCUGCUGCUGCUCUACGGGGCCCGGCUGGGCGUGCAGAACGCGGCUUCAGUGACCCCAGUGCAGCUGGCCCGGGACUGGCAGCGGGGCAUCCAGGAAGCACUGCAGACCCAUGUGGGGCACCCCCGAACCCGGUGUUGACCACGACAGCCGACCUGCGGGGCCACUCACAGCCACCAUUCCAUCCCGUCACCUCCACCCGUGUGCCACUCACGCAUCUCACCCAUGUGGUCCUCCCUUGGUCACAACUCCCCACUCAGGGCUAAUUCCGCACCUCCAGGCAGCCCUGUCAGGCUGGGGGCAGCUCUGCGCCCGGCAGCUAGGAGAACGGCCGCCCUGGCUCCCAGUCCCAGGGCUGAGCCAGUCCCUGCUGGGGCCUGAGCUGGGGGGGGGGGGG